AUGUUGGCGCGAUCAAGGUCGACACUACAGCACACGCGAUGCUCGCUCUGCGUCUCCGCCUCGCAACGAGCAGCGUACCAUCCUUCGCUGCCUCGCUGCCAAAGGUGAGUCGACCGCCGUGCGAAGCAGCUCGUCGUCGCGCUCGUCGUCGCGCUCGGGAACUGACACUUGGCUCCAACGUACUCCAGGGAUGAUCACGAUGGAGAGCAUUCAUCAAACUCGCCUUAUGUCUUUACAAAGUUGACCGACGCUCUGCCAUCCACGACGACCACGGAGACCUCGUCCACGACACCCACCGCCCCGUCCACCUCGGACGCUUCCCCCUCGACCUCGAGCUCACCGUCGACCUCUUCCUCGCUCUUCUCGUCCCCACUGAGCCGAUUCCCAGUCCGAUCGAGCGAGCUCUCGACGUCCAGAAGACCGCAACGCCAGACCCUCACUUCGACCGAAGCCGCCACUUUUGCCGACUUGCUCUCCCAGCUCUUGCCAACUUCGGCCACCAACUCGGCCGCCAGCGCGAAGAACAAGACCCAACCGGUUCCGGUUCCGUCUCCAUCGUCUUCUUCCUCAAAGUCGACUUCACCCUUUGCGGCUUUUCUCGAUCGAGCUCUGCCCAAGAACACCGACCCAAAGACCGAGGGAACUGGCCGUAGAGGCGGCGGUUUGCAAGCCGUUCGGGAUGCUCUCGAUCGCAAGACGGCGAAAAGGAUCGCCUCGUGGGAACGUCGAGCGCGAUCCUCGUUCGAAACGGGCGCGUCCUCAUCCGCGGGCUUGGGAGCGCUCUCGAUGCAAGAAUACGAUCGCUUCGACCAGAUGAAGGAACAACUCGCGACGACGUGCUCGAACGAGUACGAGGUCUGGGCAUGGGGCGAGGACAACGUCUGGGGACCUCAAGUCGUCGACUCGAUCAGCUCGACCCCUCUGUACGCCCAUCUCGUUUUGCUCGUCUUCAAAACCCUGCGCGAGGAAUACGACAGCCCUUUCACGGCCUUGCAAGUCUUUCGCCGCGUAUCGACCAUCUCGCCCAUCUCGUUCGUCCGAGGGUGUGGCGCCGAUCUGUUCAACCAGGUCUUGGAAACGCAGUGGUUGUGCUCGCAGGGGGACAUCGCGCUCGUCGCCAAGACGUUGGAAAGGAUGCGCUCAUCGGGCGUCCUGAUGGACCACCGCACGAGGGAUCUCGUCGCUCGAAUCGGGGAAGCCGUUCGCAUCGAUGGGGAACGCGCCGAAGCGAGGGUCCAAACGGGCAAAUUCAAAACGACCGCAGCGAGUUUGACCGCCGUCGAACGCGUCAACCUCGUAGACGAAAUCAUGGACGACGAGACCUACCUCAUCGAACACAAGGCGAGGUACUUUGAUGCGGCUAGGAUCGAAGAAUGGAACAAGAUGGAACGCAUCGUGGAGGAGAAUUUGAAGGAGGUGGAGGAGAAGAGGAGAAGGGUCGAGGAUGAGAAGUGGGAGGCGAGGGAAAGGUCGAGGAUGAGGCAUCAGGCGAGGGAGGCGGAGCAGGCUGAAAGGGAGAGGCCGAGUUUGGUCAGUGCGAUGGCGAGGGGGAGGGGGGAUGUGGGUGGGAAGGAGGAGGGGGGUUGGUCCGAACCGUUUUGGAACGGGGAGGUGGUCGGGGGUUGGCAUAGAGGGAAGGCGAAACGACCUCCGAACAGGGGGCCGAUCUGA